GUCCCCCAUAAUCAUUAUGUGACGCAUGCAAAGUGGUCUCAGGAUUCCCAUCUCCAUGAUGCCAGCCAAAAUGUCGCAAAGCGUGGCUGGUCUGUUUUCAAGAGUGAUCACCAGCCAACUCUAGCUUUUGUCUCGACGAACCAGCAGCCAUUGACGAGGUCAGAGACGUCGACAACAGAUUCAAAUCAACCCUUGAUUCAGGAUGUUUGCCGCCCUUUCGCUGAAAGAUAUGGCCGUUGUAUGGAUAUCCUCCAUUACGGUGCUAAUAGCACAGUCCGACUACACCAAAACAGGCUUGCCGGCCCUGAAUCCAAACACAAACCAUUAGUCGCCAUCAAAGUGUACCGAUACAACAUUCUUGACUCGGCAAACCCCCUUUAUCACCCAUCAUAUUGCUCUCCUGACUUGAUAUCCGACCUACAUCCUCACCACCCGAACAUCCUCCCAAUAAUCGAUCUCCUCUACAACGAACGCUCUGAGCUGUGCCUGGUCAUGCCCAUCUGCGCAGGGGGUGACCUCCACGAACUCAUCUCCCACAACGGAGGCCCCAUUCCAACAAACGAAGCCGACUGCAUCAUAGCCCAAGUUUUCCGUGCCCUAUCUUUCCUUCACGAGAAAAAAACUGCGCAUUGCGAUAUCCGAAUGGAAACUAUCCUCCUCACAGAACACGGCUCUGUGAAGCUUGCUGGGUUCGGCGACGGUCAUAUCCGCCGCCUCUGGUCCGAAUGUGCAAUGCCAACGGAAGAAACUUUCCGGCCACGUUCGCAAUCUCACCCAGCUUCGUCCGCAGCGUGGUCGUUCUCCUUGCCGUGGCUUUUCUGUGCUUCCCGGGCUACACCUCCACCUCGGAGCUCGGGCGAUGUGGCACAUUCCACAGCUUCUUUCCCGGGAAUUAGUCUGCCUUAUAUUCCGCCAGAGGCUUUUCAUUCUCCUUCGCACACUGCACUUGCACAUAGAGACCUAUCGGAGGAAGAUGACGAAGACAAUGAUCCCCGCCCGGCAGAUGUUUGGGCAACAGCUAUUAUCUAUGUGGCACUUAUCACUGGUCGUCUGAUUUGGCGCAGUGCUCGUCCACAUCACGAGGAUCCGGUUUAUUUGGAUUACCUCGAUUGUCGUCAUUCGGAAGACGGGUAUCCACCCAUCGAAGCGCUUGGGAAGAGACGACGUAAUGCUAUCUAUGCGAUGCUACACCCCAUAUCACGCAAACGCAUCACUACCACGCAGAUUUUACAAUCUGAGUGGAUUAGCCGGGUAUCAAUAUGUGAGGCUGGGUUAAAGGGAUAUUAA